UCAGGAAACGACGCGUACCGAGCCGGGGCGUACGAAGACGCCAUCCGGUGGUACGGCAAAGGGUUGAAGCUCCUCGCCGCGGAGAGCGCGGAGUCCGGCGCCGACCACGACGAAGCGCGCGCGACGCUGCUGACGAACCGCGCGGAGUGCAACAGACAGCUGUGCGAGAUCAAGGCGGUGAUAAUCGACUGCGACGAAGCGUUACGUUUAUCUCCGAAGAACGUGAAGGCGCUGUUGCGAAGGGGGCUGGCUUUCGAGUACAUGGAG